AUGAUGGCAGCGUCCCCGGGCUUCAUAGGCACGCCGACAGGUCACUCCGACGGCUCCACAAGCUUCCCGCCCUCUCAGGAGGCUAAUCACAGCUCAAAUGAGGCAGCAGGCGACGAAUUCGGCUCCUUCGCAGCGGCAGAGCGUCUUUCGGACCCAUUUGGCGACGUGUAUGGUGCCGAGGCGGACUUCGGGGAUUUCAUGGGUCAAGAACAGAGUGAUGUUCCCUCUGCAGGUGGCGACAGCUCCUCGUUGAUGUCGUUCUCGCCUGUAACAGCCCCAGCGUCGUCCACAGCACCACCGAAGCUGUUGCCAUCUAUCAGCGGCGAGGUCGACCCAUUUGCGGACAUUACAGGGGGCCUGGGGGCUGCAACAGAUUCUCCAGAGGUUGCAGCGCCUAAGCCGGGGACUGUGGAGAAGUUCCAGAGUCACACGUCCACUACAACCGGCACUAUAGCUCCGACAUCUACAUCGUCGGCAACAUCAGCGAUCUUGGACUUGGUAUGGGGCAACUCGACGCAGGACACAGAGACCAACCCACUGUCAAUGUCGUCGACGUCCGUGGGUAGUGCAUCGGGCAAUAUUAGCAGGACAGCAUCGUCUCCGAGCGGGUUUGCGCUGCCUCCACCGCCUUCGACGAAGUUCGCAACGUUCCCAUCAACUUCUGCUGCUGCUACUCCAGAGGCUUCAGUAGGAGACUUGCUGUCGUUCUCUCCGGUUCAGGCACCAGCCUCAAGCGACCCGUUCUUUGGUAUCAGCAACGAGACAAGUGAGACUAACGCGGCGUUCGGCAAUGAUGAGCUCUUCACGUUGACAGCGACGCCGCCACACUCGACGACGUCUUCAUCGGCUCCGACGUCGUUACGUGGGUCGUUCGCUUCGAUGCACGAGGAGUUGAAACCUCCCGUGCUUUCUCCUUCUACUCCUGAGUCUACGGCAUCACCGCUUGACCCGUUUUCUGAGCGUACAACGCGAUCUUUCGGCUCGUUGAAUUCUUCUUUCGUGAAGGUUGGGACGAUGGAAAACGCCGCUCAAAAGCACGCGUCGUUUGGUGGAUUUAUAUCUGCUAAACCUGAGGCGGGGGCUACUUCCAGUGUGGCUCCGUCGCCUUCGUCUGCUCCUCCUUCGUUGCGCAGCUCAUUCAUGAUGACUGAAGAGUUCGUGGGGUUUGCGUCUGCUGCUGAAGAGUCUGAUGAGGUGGAUCCGUUUGCAGAAGCAGGACUAGCCGCACCCGUGGAGGUGCCUUUGGCGGAGGCUCUGGCUGCAUGGAAUACGUCGGCUGAUCCAGCCGUAGAUACAGAGGAGGGGGAAAGCAGUCAUGAUGGCAAGUGUGAAGAAGAGGUGGUUGCUGAAAACAAGAACGAAGAAAUCCAGAGUCCCUUAACGGAUGGUACUGUAGUCACUAUUGAGCAACGAAGCGAUAGCCCAGAUAUCAUCGACCAAACAAAGGCAGAAGUAUCCAAGGAAGAAUCCCACGAUGAUUGGCAAGAACCGGGUACUUCAGAUCACAGUGACGAUGUCGUGACCGAUGAUGUAUUCGCACAAGAGGAGCUGGCUGCGCCCGCUAUUGAUUCACUGGCUGCGGUUGCUGAGUCUGAGAGUCCAUCUUUUAUGGCAUUUACCGAGGCAAUUGAGGGGAUUGCUGCCACAAAGAGUGAGGAUUCCCCUAUAGCUGAUACAAACGAUGACGAAGUCCAUGCUGGUGUCCCAAUAUCGCCUACUGAUGAAGUCGUCUGGUCAGCUGCGGAGCAGUCUACGAUAGAAGAAAAAGCCGAUCAUUCCGAAACGAAGCCGUCCGACCCGUUUACAUUCUCCACACCAACAACAAUCGAAAGUCUCGAAAGCGCUGGCUUUGGAUCGGGCAGUGGUGUAUCAGACGAGUCAUCAUCUCGCCACGAUUCGCUUAGUGCGUCACCAUCUGUAUCUGAUACUGCACCUGCUGGCUCCGAUAACUUCGACGAGGGUGCUGCGGUUGAAACGCUCACGGAAGAAACCCAAGAUAAGGCAAGUGAUGAUGAAGAAGGUGAUGAUUUUGGCGGCUUUGGAGGAAUUGAAGCAGCCGCACCUACGACAAGCGCUACUAUUAUCCCAGACGCGUCCCCAUGGGGCUCUUUUCCAUCGCCAACUCCAGUACAGAACAUGCUGCUUGAGGACGAGGACGAAUCGUUUGGAGACUUUGCUGGAAAAUCUACUCCUGUUUCUGGUGCUGACGACUUUGCAGAUUUUGCACAGAGCACAGAGCUUAAUGAUGACGACGAGUUUGGCGACUUCGGUGACUUUACACAGAGCUCUGACGACAAAGCUUUUGGCGAGAACGACGAUGGUUUUGGCGACUUCGCCCCAGCUGUGGCCCCGACUUCUGUGGAAGCAACUCCCUCGGUCAUGUCAGUUCCGUCGUUUACGAAGACAGACUUGUCGUCUUUCUUUAAAGAGGCAUUCGCAACAGAACCUAUACCGACCAGCUCGGUGGAGGAACCCGAUAGUCCAACUGAAGUGAACGACGCAGAUGCUGCUCAAGACUCUUCAACAGAAUUUAUUCAAUACGUGUUUCGCAGCAUGUGGGACGAGUAUAUCUCCAUCGUGGCUGCUACCGGUCGUCAGUCUUCAUUGUCUGCUCCAGAACCGAACGAUAGCGGGGAGCGUGUGCGUCUGUGCACGAAGACUACGCGUGCAUCCAAGUAUUUAAAGUAUGUGCUGUCCGAGAAGAUCCAAGAGGCUGCUCGACAGAACGGCAUCUUCUCGCAUGGCUCUGAAAAGCACCAAACGUAUAUCGGGUAUGCUGCCUCCGGUGAUGCUGAUUGCAUGCGGUCUGCUCUCAAGGAAUUGCAAGACGCACUGUUCCACAGCUCGGUGAACGAUGCCAUGAUGCGGAUAGCCAAGCAGGCUGCGCUGUCUGCCAAAGCCAAAAUUGCCGAGCAAGCUGCUCAGCAGCAGGCCAGUUCGCGUGGUGGGUCCUUAUUUUCCACGACGCGGCACCUUCUAUCACGUGGAGGUGCAACAGCAGCGCAUGGUCCGAGCAGCAACGACAGUAAAGGUGACCACGCAGGCGCAGACACUCCUACCGGUGCCUCGGUUCAGAAGCUCGCUCGAUUCUCGUUCACUAACAGCAAUGAUGACGCUGCAAAUCGUGGUACUGGAGAGGAGAGAGGGUCGGAAGGAAGUGAUCACACCGGACACAGCAGUGGAAGCGACUCUGAAGCACCAGACAGUCGGACCCGGAGCCAAACUCUUUCAAGUAGCAGUAGUAAUGGCGGACUGAUGAAGAAAUUCCUUUCAUUCGGAAGCUCAAGGCACCGACCGCGAUUUGUGAAUCUCCGACGAAAGGGCCAAUCUGGUGAGGAAGUGCGGAAGAUGGAGCUGAAUUUGGAUUCCAUCAGUGGAGGCUUGGACGAAGUCAAGUGGAAAUGUGCCAUGUUCCUUUACGACGUGGAAGAGGUGGCGCAUGUGGCGCCUUCGCAGAUUAGCAUCUUGUCGUAUCCAAGCAAGCAGCCGCUGACAGGUAAGACCGACCGGAGUGCGUUGACGAAGCUGGUGAAAGCGGACACAAUUUGGACAGUAGAUAUUGGCGCCAAUCACAGCGAUAUGCUAAACGAGUGGUGA